AUGCCUCCUAAACGCAAGCGAGCGACUUCUGCAGUCUCGAAAGAUAGCGCAAAGACCGAAGCCAGCACACCUGCCGUCCAGCCCUCCUCGCGCGAUGCUUCAGGCGAAGACACGGCCGACUCGGUCCUCCGAGACGUAAAAGAGCGCAAGAACAUGGACCCUCCUGCGAAGAGGACGCGUGCGAGCUCUUCUGCUGCGUCCAAAAGUACCUCUACACCUAGCAAGAUCAACGGCAGCUCGUCAAGCAACAAAAUGGAGAUUGAGACUGGGAAGCCAGUGGAGAUGCCUGUCAAUGGCACGAUUGAUGGGUCUGGAGAGCAUGGUGAGGCAGGGACGAUGAGGAUGGAGGCGCCGCCGCAAGCUGGGACCGUGGAUCCUGCGGGAGGAUAUAAGACUAACCCGCCGCCAAAAGAUCGGCCUGUGAGAGUGUAUGCGGAUGGAGUGUUUGAUCUGUUCCAUUUGGGGCAUAUGCGGCAGCUUCAGCAGGCGAAGACGGCGUUUCCUAACACCCAGCUUAUCGUGGGCGUGACUGGGGAUGCUGAGACGCAUAAACGGAAGGGAUUGACUGUCAUGUCGGCGAAAGAGCGUGCGGAAUCUAUCAGGCAUUGUCGCUGGGUGGACGAAGUCAUUGAAGACUGCCCCUGGAUCAUCGAUGUGGAUUUCCUGGAACAGCACAACAUCGACUACGUAGCACACGACGACCUCCCCUACGGCGCUGCAGAAGGCGACGACAUCUACAAACCUAUCAAAGAAAAAGGCAUGUUCCUCGUCACGCAGCGAACAGAAGGCGUCUCGACAACCGGCAUCAUCACCAAAAUCGUGCGCGACUACGAACAGUACAUCGCCCGCCAACUGAAACGCGGCACGAGCAGGCAAGAACUCAACGUCUCCUGGCUCAAGAAGAACGAACUUGACAUCAAACGCCACGUCAGCGACCUCAGCAAAACCAUCCGCACAAACUGGACCACCACCGGGCAGGAACUCAGCCGCGAACUCCGCCAAUUCUGGCAGCCCAGCAGACCCAACAGCCCCGCGCCUUCGGCCGCCCAUUCCCUCCGCAACAGCACACGCAGCGCCGCCGCGAGCCCGAUGCCCACUGACCGCCUCGCUAGGACGGAGAGUAACCGACGUGCGAGCACGCCGCAGAAGAGUAUGGAUUUCGCGGCGGGGUAUGCAAUGGGGUUGAUCGGGGGUGUUAAAGGGUGGAUGGAGGGGAGCAAGAGGCGGAAUUUGAGUGAUUCGAGGGCGCAGAGUCCUGAGGAUAGUCCUGUUGAGGAUGCCGAGGGGAGUGGAAGCGGGAGUGGGGAUGGAGAGGAGAGGAGGGGGAGGAAGGUUGGUGGUGGGUUGCAUGCUUGA